AUGCAAUACAUCUGGACCUAUUUGUUCUUUGCUACAAUAGCAACACCUAUCUCUACCACGGACUUGAAAUGUGGUCAUACUCUAGUUACUUGUCCAUGCGGUCCACAUUCAAAGCAGGAGAUCGAUGUUCCGAUAAAAUUGUGCCGAAAAUUUAGUUUUGAACACUUCCCGCCGAGACAGAAAUGUUUGCCGUGCGAGAAAAUCGAUCCAAAACAAAUAUGCAGCCCUUUCUAUGAUUGCAGGGACUGCGUGUCAAAUAGAAAAAGUUCAUGUUUCUAUCAGAAUGUGGAUCCUUCUAAAAUUAUUCGUAUCUACUGUCCACGUCCACUUUUACUUCAUAACGGUGAAAUAAAGGUCGACGAGGAGACAAGUCCAGGAGGGAAAGUUCAUUACAAAUGUCAUAAUAAAUAUCGUUUGGAGGGAGAGAGCACACGGACUUGCGCUCCUGAUUUUCAUUGGGACGGAAAACCAUCCAGAUGUGUAAGAAAAAAUCUGUGCAACACUCCGAAAAUGCCUAACAAUGGAAACAUUGGAGAAUCAAGUAACAAAUACAGUUUUGAAUAUGGCGACACCGUAACGUAUCAAUGUAAAAAAGACUUCAUUCUAAUUGGAGCAAAUAAUCGGAUGUGUUUGGCUGAUGGAAGUUGGUCAGGAUUCAUGCCUGUUUGUAUUCCAGUAAUGUCGUGUCAAGAUCCAGGAAUUCCUAAAGAUGCAACCAGAGUCGAUACAAGACCGGAUCACAGCGAUAAACAUACUCCAUUCCCAGUUGGUUCGACUUUAAAAUACAAAUGUACUAAUGGAUAUAAACUCUACGGAUCAGCUGUACAAGAAUGCGUUGCAGGCGGUAAAUGGCGAGGAAGACAACCGUCUUGCGUUGUUGAAUGUGGUAAAGUUUUUCAAUCGAAAGCCCAACCUAUCCUGAGCGGUGGUGAGUUACCUCGAGAAUUCCAACCAUGGAUGGUCGCAAUUUCGUUAUACAUUAUUGGAGAUAAAGAUAUUAAAUGUGGAGGAAGCCUAAUCAACGAGAGAUGGGUGGUUACUGCAGCACACUGUGUCACCAUUAGCUCGACAACAGACACUUAUUCUCUGGACAAAUUCUCUGUUUACCUGGGAAAGCUUUAUCGAAACGAUGACAGGGACGACCAGAUUGUACAGACAUUUGAGGUUGCCGAUCUUUACGUUCAUGAAGAUUACGAUCCGAAAAAGAAGUUAAACGACAUUGCAUUGGUUUAUCUGUCGCGAGAUGCAGUAAUUAAUAAAUUUGUACGUCCAAUAUGUCUGCCUCCAAACAAGGAAGCAUUAAAAAGCCACCUCCAUUCCGGUCUUAAGGGUUACGUAUCUGGCUGGGGGUUAACUGAAAGUUCCAUAAAAGCUCAAAGACUUCUCACAGCCAAGGUCAACGUUUUUAAAGACAGUGAAUGUCUGAAAGCUUUACGAACCGUCGAUUAUAACCGAAACGAGAACGAUUUAGCUGCAAUGUUUUGCGCAGGCACAUUGGGAGUUUUAUAUGGCAAAAACACUUCCCAAAUCAGUGACGCUUCAAAAUAUGACUCUGGUGGUGGAUUGGUUUUCCAGUCAUGCGAAACUUAUGAGCCUACAUGGUAUUUGGAAGGCAUCGUCAAUCAGGCUCAGGUUCUCUUUCUGUCCCUUCUUUCUCCCUCUCAAUUUCCGUAUACUUAUUAUCCCUCCCUUUCUUUUUCGAAGUUCGACUUUUCUCUCUUUUCUUUCCUUUCUACUUCUAAUACAUUAAAUUUCUCGAUACACUUCUCCCCACCCUCACUUUACUUUAAUCUGUCUUCUAAGCAGUUUAUUUCAUACUACGUUAUAAUUUUGUUCUCUCUCUCUCUCUCUCUUUCUUCAAUAUCUGUAUUUCUCUUCGUCCAAUAUCUUUCGGGCCAUGUUUGUUGGGGUAGAGACUGCAUCCCCAUGAAGAGGGGUAAAACCCCUCCAAAGGUUGUGGGUGUCUCCCCUUAA